CUCAGUACUAUCCUACAUGAGUACAGAGUGCCUCUGUCCAGCCCUGGUCACUGCCCUGUGACCUUCAGUCCCCAACUUGUCCCCAGAGAGGAGUAGAUAGGGUAGGGGCUGAGGAUGUGUCCUCACUGCCCCCUAGGACAGGAUGAAGCAUAGGUGAGGGGCUGCCUCAUGCCAGGAGACAUGCCCUGGCUCCCACCCCAGGGGGCUGAGGGAGAUAAAUGGGCCCUGAAGGGGGCAGAAGGUCAGACCACAGCACAGAACUGCCUGGCCCCAGCCCCGGGCAGCCACGGGAGCCCUGACUUACCCCAAAGGAAGCUGCUACUGCCUGACCACGCGAUGACCAGGUGGGCUCUGAUGGUGCUGAGAGUCCUGACACUGGGGAGAGCCCUGCUUGUCCCAGCGACCACUAUCCUAGCCUUCCAGCUCAUCCCUCAGAACUUUCCCCAGGCCACUCCCCGCCCUGUGGCCUUGGAGGGCCACUCAGCCAGCACCACAGGCUCCUCUGCUGCUUGGGGCCACCCCAGCCCUGGGCCCUGCCCUGGCUCACGCAUAGCCCUCUCGCUGGAUGUCCCCAUUGGCCUCCUGCAGAUCUUACUGGAGCAGGCCCAGGCCAGGGCUGCGAGGGAGUGGGCUGCCUCCAAUGCUCGCAUCCUGGCCCACAUUGGCUGCCACUGAGCCUGAGGGAGGGGGUUACAAUGAUGGGGCCACCCUGGAUGGGGAGACUUGGAGAGCAGCAGCAGAGCUGGAGGGUACUGCAUCUGGGCACAGUGCAUCUGGACAUUGC